AUCUUUUUUUACGUUGAACUUUGUACUUUAAACCUGCACAGUGAUAAGUAAUUGAUCACUAUCUUUUCUCUUUUCUAUCAUUUUCAUACUAUAAUUAUCACACUAUCAUUGAUUUCGUCAAAGUGAAAACAAUUGCGAUUGCGAAUAUCAUUCUUUAAAUCUGUUUGAAAAAAAAUAUUGAUAUAUCAUGAUGCUCAGGAAGGUAUUUAAUCUAAGAUUGUACCAAAAUGUUGUACGAUCCUUCUCAACAACUGCUGAAUCCACACAAGGAUAUAAUUUUGAAUUAUCAGAUACUCAAAAGGAAAUGCAAGAGUUAGCGCGGAAGUUUACAAAAGAAGAAAUUAUUCCAGUAGCUGCAGAGUACGAUCGAACUGGAAAAUAUCCAUGGGACAUUAUUAAAAAGGCGUGGAGUAUUGGUCUUCUGAAUAAACAUAUUCCACAACAUUGUGGUGGUAUGGAAGCUAAUAUUUUUGAUUCAUGCUUGAUUACGGAAGAAUUGGCUUAUGGUUGUACAGGAAUAAUAACUGCAAUAGAAACCACAAGUCUUGGAGUAAGUUUAUCAACAGUAUUCACUUCUAGAUCAUAUAACAAUCUAAUUCUUUCAGUAUUUAAUCUAAGAUUGUACCAAAAUGUUGUACGAUCCUUCUCAACAACUGCUGAAUCCACACAAGGAUAUAAUUUUGAAUUAUCAGAUACUCAAAAGGAAAUGCAAGAGUUAGCGCGGAAGUUUACAAAAGAAGAAAUUAUUCCAGUAGCUGCAGAGUACGAUCGAACUGGAAAAUAUCCAUGGGACAUUAUUAAAAAGGCGUGGAGUAUUGGUCUUCUGAAUAAACAUAUUCCACAACAUUGUGGUGGUAUGGAAGCUAAUAUUUUUGAUUCAUGCUUGAUUACGGAAGAAUUGGCUUAUGGUUGUACAGGAAUAAUAACUGCAAUAGAAACCACAAGUCUUGGAGUUACUGAACCUGGUGCAGGAUCUGAUGUAGCAGGUAUUAAGACCAAAGCUGAGAAGAAAGGAAAAGAGUGGAUAAUUAAUGGUACCAAAAUGUGGAUCACAAAUGGUGGUGUUGCGAACUGGUAUUUUGUUUUAGCGAGAACAAAUCCAGAUCCAAAAGCUCCAGCUAAUAAAGCUUUUACAGGUUUUAUUGUGGAACGUAAUAGUGAUGGCUUAACUCCCGGUCGUAAGGAAAUUAAUAUGGGACAAAGAGCAAGCGAUACGCGAAUGAUAACAUUUGAAGAUGUUCGUGUUCCUGAAGAAAAUGUAUUGCUUGGAGAAGGAGAAGGUUUUAAAAUAGCUAUGAAGACUUUUACUAGAACCCGAUCACCGGUAGCGGCAGCAGCUACUGGUUUAGCUCAGAGAGCUCUAGACGAAGCAACAAAAUAUGCACUGGAACGCAAAACAUUUGGUAAACCAAUAGCAGAACAUCAAGUAAUAGCUUUCAUGCUAGCGGAUAUGACUAUUGGUAUUGAGACUUCUAGAAUGGCAUGGAUGAAAGCAGCCUGGGCUGUUGAUAAAAAUUUAUCGAAUGCUACAAUGCUCGCUAGUAUUGCAAAAUGUUAUUGCAGUGAUGUAGCUAAUAAAUGUGCUACAGACGCUGUACAGGUUUUCGGUGGUGCAGGUUUCAAUUCUGAGUAUCCAGUAGAAAAGCUUAUGCGCGAUGCCAAAAUUUAUCAGAUAUACGAAGGUACUGCGCAGAUUCAAAGACUGAUUAUAUCGCGUGCUCUUUUCGAUGAAGCUAAACAAACGAACAACUAAGUAACUGUACGUCGAUUUAAAUUGCAUCAUAAAAUUUAUUUUUAUAUUUAUUA